UCUAUCUUUCUCUUGCUACCAAUAGGUAACUGACUGGUAUGGCAUAAGAAACCUUCCGGUGAAUACAUGGUUAAGUCAGUCUGGGUAUCACUUGGAUACUUGCUCGAGUAGGUGGGUGGGUGUCGAUGGAAAAAAGCCUGCGGAUUUAGGCGUGGGAGUUCUCGAUACCUCAAAAACUUACAUUUUUCUCUCUAGCAGCUUUGUCGCCGGUCGGAUUAUCUAACUAUAGAGACAUUGCUACUAAGAAUGUUCCCAUCCUUUGGAGAUGUCAUAUAUAUCUAUUGAAAAUAAUCGUAAUCCUUGGAGCAUCUCUUCUUGUUCUUCCUAGUGGCGACAACUCUAAUUGGUUAUGUCGCCACUCAUCAGAGAUGCCCUCUUAAUAGGGGAGAGAAUAUGGAAAAGGGUCUUUAGUAGCUUCUUCCUUGUUUGUUUUCGAACCACUCUCUCCUCCUCCUCCUCUCACUUCUUCUCUCUGUUAAGCUUUCUCCAAUGGCGAGUCUCUGCACCUUUGAUUGCGAGUCUCUUGCAGAAGAUUGAGAGGUCUUAUAUCUCUUUAUUUUUGGGUCUGAUCAUCAUCCGCUUUGAGUUUGCCUGAGGAAUUCAAGGUCUUGCAGAAGAUUGACGAGAUGGGAAUCAUAGAGAGCGUGUCGGCGAUCAAGAUUCCUCUUCUCACUGAGAAAAGCAUGCUGAUUUACAGAUCUCCAGGUUCUCUGAAACGUUUAUGUUAUGGGUAUUUGCUCUGUUUAUUUUGCUGUUGUGGGUUGUUGAUCUCUAUUUGUUUCAUCACUUUUGAAGGAGAUAGCGGCGAGCCGGCGACAACCAAUGAUUUGUUUCAUCACUUUCCAAGGAGAUAGCGGCGACGGGUUCACUGUUAGAAAGAUGACCGUCAAAUUAUGGGGUAAGCCACCAAGCCAGAGUUGUCCAUCCUCGAAUCAGCCAGUUGUUCCCUGACUUAGAGGUUCUAACGAGGGUUCUUCGGGGCGAUCAGGUACCGGGAACCGAUGAAUCCGGUGGUGCUAUCAGAAUGGUGGUGGGAGAGGUUGUCGAUUCCUCAUUAAUGGUUUUUUCUGCACUUCCUGGUUGGCUUUGCUCUCUCUUUUUUCUUCAAUUCUCAGCUGUUAUCACUUUUUUUCUUUCUUCUGUAUGUUCUCCCUUAUGAGGGUGGUUCAUGACGAUACAUCUUUCAUUUUCUGAGGUAUUAAGGGAUUCGUGCGACUACGUUUCUUUCCCUAUUUGUAUAGCUGUGAAGCUCGCUCAGGGGGGAUGGAUCGGCUUCCGCGAGGGUGGCUCCGCCUGGUAAGUUUUAUCAAUAUCUCUCAAUUAUUUUUGGUUUCUUCGGUUUCUAUUAUUAGAGGAGCUUUGAUCUAUGGAAAAGAGAACAACACUUUGGAUCGAUUAUUUCAUUUAUUUGUAAUCUUAUUGGGUGUUUGGCUAUUUCUGGUCCGAGAUGAGACUGCAACUCAUAAUCCAUUGGCCUAUCAAUACUCUCCAGGAGGAUGAAGGGAUUCAGAGCUGCUGGUGCUAUUGGCAUAAACAGGUGAGUUCUUGCUUCUUCUUAUUCUCUUAUCUUUCAUGCCCUAACGAUCUUAAUAUUGAUACAUACUUGCAUAUAUCUUGAGUCAGCCUGUUAUUCUGUUUUGCAGGUAGUUGUGCUUUGGGCUCGAGAGAUGGCAGAGGGAAACCAUAAUGACGAUUUUCCUAUGACAGUUUUAUUUUGGAUUGUCUCUGAGAGGCAUGGUUAAUUGAAGUUAAGAGAGGGGUUAACCUGUUUCUUUUUAUAAUUAAGCAGCAAUAGACUAGGUGAAAAGGGGUUAAGCUGUUCCUGCGGGUUUGGAGAAGUUAGUUUUCCAAUAUUCUUGGUGGACGAUGGAUGCUGGUGCGGGAGCAGCAGUAGCAGUAGCAUAUGCUGGGAUGGUCAGUUUAGCAAAAUCGACUGGAGUGCCAGUCUCUAACAAUGUUGUUGUUGCUGAACAUGAGAAGAGAUGAAAUGUUAUUUGCUGGCUUUUGAUGUCUGGUGAAGUUAGAGUAACCUAUUUGUGAAAUGCGAUGAUGGCUUUCAUCUUUUUCUUGUUUCUCGAAUGAGGGGAAGGGACUCACGGAGUAGUGUGUGUGUGUUUGGUUGUUACUCAGCAAAGAGGCAGAAGGGAGAAUGUUUUAAGCUGGCUGGGUGGGCUCAUGAUUUUGGCGUCUCCUCCUUCCUUCCCUUUUUGUUUCUAGGUUAUUUAACUAUACAUAUACCUUCAUUUUGUUCAACGGAGAUGCAUUUUGUUGAUUUUCUGUGGAUUUAAGGUUUGAAAGAUUCUCUGCGAAGAUGGCGGAGGAAAACCAUAAUGGAGGAUUUGCAGACCCAGUUGAGUCCCCUUUCUCUCUUUCUUCCAAAUUCUCUCUUCUCUGUCCCAUUGUUCUACUGGUGAGUGUAAUUGGAGUGUAUAUUACUGAGAUGGUUCGAGCUGGCUGCUGGUAGUGACAAAGAGUUUCGAAUUACAGAUGUUAACCCUCUAAAUGGUUUCGGUUUGCUUCUCUACCUGUAGAAAAUGGUUUGGGGCAUGUGAAAGUGAUACAAAACCUUUUCCUGUGUUUUUUACUUUAGGUCUCCUCAUUCAUUGUCUUUUGGUCCUUCGUUUGUUUUGCCCUGCUUUUUUUUUUGUAUGUUUGGGCUGAGCCUUUGGGUGUUAUUGGUUUGGCCUCUUCAGCAGGUGAUCUGUCGUUGUCCUGAUUUACUGAUUUUGGCAGUUUUGUGAAAGGUCAGGCAAAUGUUUUGCUUCAUCAUCAUCAUGCAUCAGAGUUGUAAUGCUUCUACCUCAGUCUCGGUCUGCACAACCGAUGUCAAGAUAACGUUUUUGCAUCCUUUUUCUUCCCUGUGCUUCAUUUGGUUAAUUGAAUGGUAUGUCUAUUGAGGAUGCCUACUCAUCUCAUGCUCUUCUUUUGCAGCUAAGAAGUUGUCCCUUUGGUCAUGAUUGGGAAGAUUGACACUACUCAUGGACCAAUUGGCCCGGGCAUUCCUCCGAGUGGACAACGUGCUGUCACACAAGGUGUUAAUUUCUCACUCGAAACAAUCAUAAGCUCAUAGGCCAAUUCAAUAUCCUAAAAAUAAGUAAUCCCUUUUCAAGUGAUUAGUAAAUAUAAUUUUCUCCCUUUGGUUUCACUUAAGAACUAUGAUCAACUAUUUCUGCCUGCGUACCCUUCUCAUUACUGAAUUUACCAGUUUUGACAGUGCACCUGUCCUGUAGAGAACUUUCAUAUCAGCACUAGAUAACUGCCUAGGGCAAAUGGUAUGGGUUCUCUAUUCGAUUUUCCCUUCAAAUUGUUUGGUUUCCGCUCUGUUUAUUCUCUUGGGGGCUUCAAUGGUUUAUUAUUCAAUUCAGAUCCUCGAAGAUUACACCAUUUAUGUUUUUCUUAUUUGUGCUUUGCCUGGCAAUGAUUCCUCUGUGUGCUAUAAGCCUUAUUGCAUUCCUACAUUUUCCAUUUGAAACACAUGAGAUAUCUUGCUCUUCAUUUAUCAUACUAUGCAUAAUGGUUCUGACUUUGUUUCAUCUAAUGCUUUAUAUGCAACAGAUAUUUGAUGAUAGAUGGUGCCUUUGGUGAAACUUUUUUGGUGUAAUAUCAUCAUCUGAAGUGGAUUCGUUGAGUCCACCAUAAAUAUGUUCCACUCUUGCAUUUAUUGUUCAUAAUUUCUGUAUUGCUCACUUCCCCAAGUUUGUGUGUAAAUGCCAUUCAAGCUUCCUAUAAUUAUACGACAAGUUGUAUGUGGAUGAGCUAUAAUAUGGAUUUUCACGUUGUUUCCUCUGUGAAUUCGUGAUGUUUUCUUUGAAAUUUCAGUGUUCGUAUGUCACAGAGAAUUCUGAUGUAUCCUAAUUUGUAAAAGAUAAAUUAAAGCAAUUGAAUCCUUGGGUAUCAGCCUGCAUUGGCGGGCGCCAACAUGUUUGUCAAAUUUAACUCAAAUCUCUACAAUUAUACUUUUUCAUAUUUCCUAUCUCCCGACGCGUAGUCGGGUCAAAAGAACGAAAUAUGUAGAAAAACAAAUUAUGUGCAUCUGUAUCUAACAUUAUAUUUUAUCCGCUUUGUGUAAUGGAGAUUCUCAAAUGAUGUGCAUCGUUAUCUAACAUUAUAUUUCUUUUAUUGCGUUCAAAGUCUUUAUGUGAUGUAAUGUAUCUUGCCAAAUAAAAUAUGAGGUUUGCACGCACAUAAUUGUAAAUGCCCGCGAUGGUUCACAUAUUGAAACGCACCCCGCUGUGGAGCGCGGGUUAUCUACUAGACAUUCAUAAAAUGUGAAGGCAAAUAGAAAGGCAAGAAAAAGAAAGCUACGCGACGGUAAUUUCACUUAAAAAAUGAGUAAGCAACCUAGGUGGCUUGAAGUCAACGCUGAGUUGGCUAUUUUUUUUUCUCUCCGUUAGUAAAAUGGACGGAAAAAACAACGAAAGGAUGCACAUUUGAUUGAAUUACAUGGUAUCUGACGCCCUAAAUUUAUUUUAAUGAUAUCCUUCUCCCAGUUCUCAAAAUUUAAUGGUAUAAGUUGUAUUUCUCCAACUUUUGUUUUCCACAAAUAACUCAUGGAUUAAUAGGCAUACAAGCCCCUGAACUAUGCAAAGAUAACAAAUGAGCCCUUGUACUUUACUUCUAACGAAAAAAGCCCCUCGAUUAUGGUUUGAUAAUAAAUAAGCCCUUUUAUUAACUUUCUCCGUUAACUAACUUGAAAUAGGACACAAAAUGUCUAAAUUGCCCCCAAUGUGAUAUAUGUUUAAUAAAGUUAACUUUUUAAUCAUAUAGAAAAUUGAAUAGAAAAUUGCUUUAAUUUUGAUACCCAAUUCCUACACGCCAGUCUCGUAGUAGAAGUAUUGAAUUGAAGAAAACACAAAAAAAGACAAAAAAUAAUCCCCUUCUCCCCAGAAGCUCUUUAUUCCGGGUGGCGACGUGAGGCAGUUCCGGGAUCCGGUCAGAGCGGCGGAGUUAAUGUUCGAAUGUCCGAAUUUCUUCCUCGCCAACUCCCAGUCCCUCCACAUAGGCCGCAAAUUCUCGCCGCUCCCGGCCGAGGAGGAGCUAGAGCUCGGCAACGUCUAACUCAGCUCCGUUCGUCACCGCGGCCGCCAUAGCGUUGUUCAUCGUGGGAACGAACUCCGCCACCGAGCAGAUCGGCGGGGGUGGAGGAAGGUCAUGAUCCUUGCGGAUGGCGGCGACGACUUCCAUCGUCGACGGUUGUGCCGCCGUCCGAAUCUCAAUUCUCCUUCUUCUUGUCCAUCUGGGCAAAGGGUGAACAAAAUCAAAACUUUAUU